AUGAUACCAUACCCUGUGCGAGAUACCGACGAUCUUUCUAUCAAGCAUAAUCAUAAACACGCCAACUCUAGAGGUAGGCACGAUAGACGGCCGGUUUCGCGCCCGCCCGUUGUCAAGCAGAAGCCCAAGAACGGCAGCUCAGUGGUAGGCAAGCGCUGGAGCGCCUGGACCUUCGGCAGACCCAAGUCCAAUGAUUCUAAUAUUUCACCUGAACCUAAUAUUCGGGCCUCUACACCGGCUAUACCGGACGAUUCGACCCUCAUAGAUGCAGGAGACAAGAUAAUAACACGACGGACGCAGGUCGUCGAGUCAGUUGGUCCUUCAAACGCCCAACCGCAUAUGAUUCCCUUUGUACGCGCGCCAGCUCCCGUUAAUGCAUCGUAUCACAAAACAUCCACUGUUUCCCAGCAGAAAUAUAGCCCACAAAUGCUCGAAGGACUUGCCCCGCUUAAAGAAACUGCGGACAAUAAUGGCAAGCUAGUAGCGAUUUUCGUGCUGUUGGUGGUUAUCGCACUUUUCAACGCAAUGACCGGAAAACUCAUCGAAAGCAUAAAACAAAAGACUGGACUAAAUUGA